AUGCAGCAUCUCAAAGCAAAUAAUUCGGAUCUUCAUGUUUGUUUUCUUCAAUAUGACUUAAAUAAUCCAUUAAAUUUAAACAUUUGUCCACAUCGUCUUUUAUAUACACAAUUAACACGUUUAUGUACAAAUAUAAUUAAAAAACCAAUUAUUACUGAUGAACAACAAGAAGAUAUACUUUUAUUAAUUGAUGAAGCUCUUUUACCAAGUCUUUCAUUACUUGAUGUUAAUAGUUGUUUAGAAACAUAUCGUAAAACAUCACAACUUAUUUUUAUUAAACAAGAUGUUACAGGUAAAAGUCGAGCUAUACUCAGACGUAUUACUAAAGAUAAUAUUAUCGAUCACAUACAACGAUUUGAUAAUUUUAUAUCUGUUAUAAAUGAUGCAUUAAAAUAUCUUUCAUCACUCACAUACGAUAUUGUUUGUUAUACAAUAUUACAUGCAUUAAUAUCAUCAAUAUCAAUACCAUCAUAUAUUGAUGGAAAAAUGAGUCGUGAAAAUGCAACACCAACACAAUAG